AAAAAUUUAAAGAUAUACAGUGAAAAUGAAAGUGAAACAUCAAACCCAGACAAUAUUUUAGUUAUUACACUCGAAGACAACAUUAAGGCAAAUGGAAAGUUGACCGACUUUGGAUCAAGUCGUAACAUCAAUUUAAUUAUGACUAACAUGACUUUUACAAAAGGAGUUGGCACUCCGAAAUAUAUGGCACCCGAAGUGUUACUGAAAGAACAUUAUAAAAAACCAGCAGAUGUUUAUUCACUUGCGGUAACGUUCUAUGAAGCACUUAUUUGGAAUGAAAUAUAUCCAAAAAACCUUUUUCAAUACCCAUGGACUAUUGCAGAUUUUGUAAGUGGAGGAAAAAGAAGAGAAUGUCAAAAUGGGAUGAACACAAAAGCAUAUGAUAUUAUCGACAAAAUGUGGGAACAAAAUUCUGAACAAAGACCAACUGUCGGUACAACGGUCAAACUAUUGAAAAUAUUAUUUGAUUCGCUUUAA